AUGGGAGAAGCGAAGAAGAGUGAAGUCAAGGAAGUCGCUGUCGCGUGUCCGGGAUCUUCUCACCGCCUUCGCGCUCAGUCCGCAACUCCGACAAUGUCCAAUCCAGACCUCAAGGCACUGGACAUUGAAUCAAGCUGGAAUCAAAUAAUCUGGACGAUUUCAGAUUGUUUCCUUCUCAUAACCACCAACCAAACACCCUCAACGAAGUCAUUGGACCAGACCCCCAUCUCUUCGAUCGGCAGUGGGAUCACGCCAACCCUUCGACCUGAGAAUUCAACAGUCAACACGAGACCCCCGAGAGCACUCUCCCAAUCGCAGAAGUAG